GAGGAACUCAGAGCUGGGAGUCCCUGCGGGCAGUGAACAGAGCCAUGACCCAGCCACCCCCCUGAGCCUGCACCCCUCCAUCACCCCGCCAUCAACUAUUGGGACAACACCCCUUUGCCCCCAGGGCUGCAGACGCUGAGCGCGCCCCUCCCCACCAUGGGCAGCAAGGAGCGCUUCCACUGGCAGAGCCACAAUGUAAAGCAGAGCGGCGUGGACGACAUGGUGCUUCUGCCCCAGAUCACGGAGGACGCCAUCGUGGGCAACUUGAAGAAGCGCUUCAUGGAUGACUACAUAUUUACCUACAUAGGCUCUGUGCUCAUCUCCGUCAACCCCUUCAAACAGAUGCCCUACUUCACGGACCGUGAGAUUGAUCUCUACCAGGGAGCGGCCCAGUAUGAGAACCCUCCACACAUCUAUGCCCUCACGGAUAAUAUGUACAGGAACAUGCUUAUUGACUGUGAGAACCAGUGUGUCAUCAUCAGUGGAGAGAGUGGUGCUGGGAAGACGGUAGCAGCCAAAUACAUUAUGGGCUAUAUCUCCAAGGUCUCCGGUGGGGGCGAGAAGGUCCAGAACGUGAAGGAUGUCAUCCUACAGUCCAACCCCCUGCUGGAGGCCUUCGGCAAUGCCAAGACCGUGAGAAACAACAACUCCAGUCGCUUUGGCAAAUACUUCGAGAUCCAGUUCAGCCGCGGGGGAGAGCCGGACGGGGGCAAGAUCUCCAACUUCUUGCUGGAGAAGUCUCGGGUGGUCAUGCAGAACGAGAACGAGAGGAACUUCCAUAUCUACUACCAGCUGCUGGAGGGCGCCUCCCAGGAGCAGCGACAGAACCUGGGGCUCAUGACCCCCGACUACUAUUACUACCUCAACCAAUCGGACACGUACAAGGUGGACGGCACGGAUGACCGCAGCGACUUUCAGGAGACCCUGAGCGCCAUGCAGGUGGUUGGGAUCCCACCCAAUGUACAGCAGCAGACCCUGCAGCUGGUGGCGGGCAUCCUGCACCUGGGCAACAUCAGCUUCCGUGAGGACGGCAACUAUGCCCAGGUGGACAGCGCUGACCUGCUGGCCUUCCCUGCCUACCUGCUGGGCAUCGACAGCGGGCGGUUGCAGGAGAAGCUGACCAGCCGGAAGAUGGACAGCCGCUGGGGGGGCCGCAGUGAGUCCAUCGACGUGACUCUGAACGUGGAGCAGGCGGCCUACACCCGCGAUGCACUGGCCAAGGGGCUGUACGCCCGCCUCUUCGACUUCCUGGUGGAGGCCAUCAAUCGAGCUAUGCAGAAACCCCAAGAUGAGUACAGUAUCGGGGUGCUUGACAUCUAUGGCUUUGAAAUCUUCCAGAAAAAUGGCUUCGAGCAGUUUUGCAUCAACUUCGUCAAUGAGAAGCUCCAGCAAAUCUUCAUCGAGCUCACCCUCAAGGCAGAGCAGGAGGAGUAUGUGCAAGAGGGCAUCCGCUGGACACCCAUUCAGUAUUUCAACAACAAAAUCGUCUGUGACCUCAUUGAGAAUAAGCUGAGCCCUCCGGGAAUCAUGAGCGUGCUGGAUGACGUGUGUGCCACCAUGCAUGCCACCGGCGGGGGCGCCGAUCAGACUCUCCUGCAGAAAUUACAGGUGGCCGUGGGCAACCAUGAGCACUUCAACAGCUGGAGCGCCGGCUUUGUCAUCCACCACUAUGCUGGCAAGGUCUCCUAUGAUGUCAGCGGCUUCUGUGAGAGGAACAGAGACGUCCUCUUCUCCGACCUCAUAGAGCUGAUGCAAUCCAGCGAGCAGGCCUUCCUUCGCAUGCUGUUUCCUGAGAAGUUGGACGUGGACAAGAAGGGCCGGCCCAGCACAGCCGGCUCUAAGAUCAAGAAACAAGCCAACGACCUGGUGAGCACCUUGAAGAAAUGUACCCCACAUUACAUUCGCUGCAUCAAGCCCAACGAGACCAAGAGGCCGCGGGACUGGGAGGAGAGCCGGGUGAAGCACCAGGUGGAGUAUCUGGGCCUGAAAGAGAAUAUCCGGGUACGCAGGGCAGGUUUCGCCUACCGCCGCCAGUUCUCCAAGUUCCUGCAGAGGUACGCCAUCCUGACCCCUGAAACAUGGCCACACUGGCGUGGGGAUGAGCGUCAGGGGGUCCAGCACCUGCUGAGGACGGUCAACAUGGAGGCGGACCAGUUCCAGAUGGGUAGCACCAAGGUCUUCAUCAAGAACCCAGAGUCGCUCUUCCUCUUAGAGGAGGUGAGAGAACGCAAGUUCGACGGCUUUGCCAGAACCAUCCAGAAGGCGUGGCGACGCCACGUGGCUGUGCGCAGAUACGAGGAGAUGCGGGAAGAAGCAUCCAACAUCCUGCUGCACAAAAAGGAACGUCGGAGAAACAGUCUGAACCGCAACUUCGUGGGCGAUUACCUGGGGCUGGAGGAGCGGCCGGAGCUGCGGCAGUUCCUGGCUAAGAGGGAGCGCGUGGACUUCGCCGACUCGGUCACCAAGUACGACCGGCGCUUCAAGCCCAUCAAGAGGGACUUGAUCCUGACACCCAAGUGUGUGUAUGUCAUCGGGCGUGAGAAGGUGAAGAAGGGGCCCGAGAAGGGGCAGGUGCGGGAGGUGCUGAAGAAGAGGCUGGACAUCCAGGCGUUGCGAGGAGUCUCACUCAGCACCCGGCAGGACGACUUCUUCAUCCUCCAGGAAGAUGCAGCUGACAGCUUCCUGGAGAGCGUGUUCAAGACGGAGCUCAUCAGCCUGCUGUGCAAACGCUUCGAGGAGGCAGCGCGCCGGCCCCUGCCCCUCACCUUCAGCGACACACUACAGUUCCGGGUGAAGAAGGAGGGCUGGGGCGGAGGCAGCACCCGCAGCGUCACCUUCGCCCGGGGCUCAGGGGACCUGGCAGUGCUCAAGGCCAGUGGCCGCACCCUCGUGGUCAGCGUGGGCGAUGGGCUGCCCAAGAGCUCCAAGCCUACACGAAAAGGAAUGACCCAGGGAAAGCCACGCAGGUCGGGCCCAGCACCUACCAGGGCAGCUCCUGGACCCCCCAGAGGCAUGGACCGAAAUGGAGUUCCUCCCUCUGCCAAGAGGGGACCCUUGCCUCUCGAGAUCCCAUCUGGAGGGGCUUCCCAGCGGCGACCCCAGGCCCCACCAGCCUCAGCCCUGGGGGCCAGCAGGCGCCACCGGGCACAGCCCCCUUCAGAGCACAACACGGAAUUCCUCAAUGUGCCUGAUCAAGGCGUGGCUGGGAUGCAGAGGAAGCGGAGUGUGGGACAGAGGCCAGUGCCCGGGGUGGGCCGGCCCAAGCCCCAGCCACGGACACACGGUCCCCGGUGCCGGGCUCUGUACCAGUAUGUGGGUCAGGAUGUGGAUGAACUCAGCUUCAAUGUGAACGAAGUCAUUGAAAUCAUCAUGGAAGACCCCUCAGGCUGGUGGAAGGGCCGACUGCACGGUCAGGAGGGUCUCUUCCCGGGAAACUACGUGGAGAAGAUCUGAGAGAGACUGGGCCCAGGAUCCUCUACACGCCAACCAGUCUUGAGAUAUCUUUGGUGGCAUCUGCCAAGGGCCUGAUGAUGUGGCCUUUAGCCAACACGGGGGCUGACCCCAUCACACCUGCUGUCCCCAUGUCCCCACUUGAUCCUGUCUCAAACGGAUAAACAGCCAAACCUACCUCCCAGCCACUGCAUGAGUGAGAGACAACAGUCUUGUCCUGUCACCAUGGGGGGACAUCCUCAGCCUUGGAGCCUGAGCCAUGGAGAGAAUGUUGGACUCUCAGGCAGGAGGUCCUGAGUUUGAUCCCCGGCAUCGCUUUUGUGCCAGAGGGAGGCCCUGAUUCUCAAUCUCAUGGGGAUAAAUCAAUAAAUCUUAAAGGGAAGAACGGGGGUGGGUUUUCUACAUGUGGCUGGCCUAAUGUUACAAUAAACGUUUCCCAGGUACAA